UUCCUUCACCAUCCUCUUCCUGGCCUGGCUGGCCGGCUUCAGCUCGCGCCUCUUCGCCGUCAUCCGCUUCGAGAGCAUCAUCCACGAGUUCGACCCCUGGUUUAACUAUAGAUCAACACAUCAUCUUGCAUCCCACGGGUUCUAUGAAUUUCUAAAUUGGUUCGAUGAAAGAGCAUGGUAUCCGCUAGGAAGAAUAGUAGGUGGGACGGUCUAUCCAGGCUUGAUGGUGACGGCUGGCCUCAUCCAUUGGAUUUUAAACAUGCUGAAUAUAACUGUCCACAUACGAGACGUGUGCGUGUUCCUGGCGCCCAUCUUUAGCGGCCUCACAUCCAUUUCUACUUUCCUGCUCACCAGAGAACUGUGGAACCAGGGCGCGGGCCUGCUGGCCGCCUGCUUCAUCGCCAUCGUGCCGGGCUACAUCUCGCGCUCGGUGGCCGGGUCCUUCGACAACGAAGGCAUCGCCAUCUUCGCCCUGCAGUUCACGUACUACUUGUGGGUGAAGUCGGUCAAGACGGGCUCCGUGUCCUGGACCAUCUGCUGCUGCCUGGCCUACUUCUACAUGGUGUCCGCGUGGGGCGGCUACGUGUUCAUCAUCAACCUCAUCCCGCUGCACGUGUUCGUCCUGUUGCUGAUGCAGAGAUACAGCAAGAGGGUCUACAUCGCUUACAGCACUUUCUACAUCGUGGGCCUCAUCCUGUCCAUGCAGAUCCCCUUCGUGGGGUUCCAGCCCAUCAGGACGAGUGAGCACAUGGCCGCCGCAGGCGUCUUCGCUCUGAUCCAGGCGUACGCCUUCCUGCAGUACCUCCGAGACAGACUCACCAAGCAGGAGUUCCAGACGCUCUUCUUCCUGGGGGUGUCGCUGGCGGCCGGCGCCGUCUUCAUGAGCGUCAUCUACCUGACGUACACGGGUUACAUCGCACCAUGGAGUGGCAGGUUUUAUUCACUGUGGGACACUGGGUACGCAAAGAUCCACAUUCCGAUCAUCGCUUCCGUGUCGGAGCAUCAGCCUACAACGUGGGUGUCUUUCUUCUUUGAUCUCCAUAUUCUCGUGUGCACCUUCCCGGCAGGCCUCUGGUUCUGUAUCAAAAAUAUCAAUGAUGAAAGAGUGUUUGUGGCCCUGUACGCCAUCAGCGCCGUGUACUUCGCCGGCGUGAUGGUGCGCCUCAUGCUCACGCUGACCCCCGUCGUGUGCAUGCUGUCCGCCAUCGCCUUCUCCAACGUCUUCGAGCACUACCUGGGCGACGACCUGAAGCGGGAGAACCCGCCGCAGGAGAAGGCGGAGGAGGGCCUCGGACCCAACAUCAAGAGCAUCGUCACCAUGCUCAUGCUCAUGCUGCUCAUGAUGUUCGCCGUGCACUGCACCUGGGUCACCAGCAACGCCUACUCCAGCCCCAGCAUCGUGCUGGCCUCCUACAACCACGACGGCACCAGGAACAUCCUGGACGACUUCCGGGAGGCCUAUUACUGGCUGCGGCAGAACACGGACGAGCAGGCGCGCGUCAUGUCCUGGUGGGACUACGGCUACCAGAUCGCCGGCAUGGCCAACAGGACCACCCUGGUGGACAACAACACGUGGAACAACAGCCAUAUCGCGCUGGUCGGGAAGGCCAUGUCCUCCAACGAGACGGCGGCCUACCAGAUCAUGCGCAGCCUGGACGUCGACUACGUCCUCAUCAUCUUCGGGGGCGUCAUCGGCUACUCCGGGGAUGACAUCAACAAGUUCCUCUGGAUGGUCCGGAUAGCCGAGGGGGAGCACCCCAAGGACAUCCGGGAGAGCGACUACUUCACGCCUCAGGGAGAGUUCCGGGUGGACAAGGCGGGCUCCCCCACCCUGCUCAACUGCCUCAUGUACAAAAUGUCCUACUACCGAUUCGGAGAGAUGCAGCUGGAUUUUCGGACCCCCCCAGGCUUCGACCGGACGCGGAACGCCGAGAUCGGCAACAAGGACAUCAAGUUCAGACACUUGGAGGAGGCCUUCACGUCCGAGCACUGGCUGGUCAGGAUCUACAAGGUGAAGCAGCUGGACAACAGGGAGACGCUGGGCCGCAGGCCGCGCGUGACCAACAUCAUCUCCAAACAGAAGUAUUUGUCAAAGAAGACCACCAAGAGGAAGCGCGGCUACAUCAAGAACAAACUCCUCCUAAAGAAAGGCAAGAGGCCCAGCAAGAAGACCCUUUAAGGGCUGCUCCGGGGCCGGCGGCGAGCAGUUGUCCUGGAGAGAACCAGCCUUUGCCUUUAGCUCCGUCGUGUUUCACAACAGCAGGAGGGAACAGAACCAUCCCCGGUCCAGAUUCAUGUACAAAUUUCAGGCAGUGUCUGACACGCACAGAUUGGCUUCUCGAGACGGGCUUGUAGAUUUGUGAUGGGAAGCGAGCCUGAGCCCCGCCGUCCUGGCGAGCAGCAGCUUCGAUUUUUUACUGGUACAUAUUGUCUUUCCACGCCAAGAAUUUGGACUUCACGGCACCAAAGAACCCUCGAAUCUGGCCCCUGGCACACGCAAAUUUGUCCGGUUUUGUUUUUCCCUUUUUCUUUUUUAAUCCCCCCAUGAGACCUGCACUUCCUCUGACUACCUGAUCAGCAAUACGCGAAAUGCAGAUUGUAAGUUGUGACGUUUUUGGACAACCAGGAAAUGAGUCACAGAUCCGGAAAGAGCUGCAGCCCUGGAGGGCCCUUCCUGGACUGCUAUUUAUUUCCCUGUUUCCACGUCAAGAAUGUUUCAUCAAAUGCACAUUUUCUAUUUCCCGCUUUGCUCCGUCCAGGACGCUGCUGCUGCUCGGCCCACGCGCGGCCUUUGUCCAUCGGCCUCGUGGCUGCGGGUGGUGGCGGCGGCUUCCACGCGAGCCCCCCGGCGGCUCCUUCCAGGGCGAAAUGGUGCCCUGUGGCCGGGCGCGCUCCAUCACCUCGCUGGAGGGGAACGCCGAGGGGCCCGUUUGGAAGUUGUCCGAGCCUCCCGCGGCCCCCGAGCCCAGGACAUUUGGUGAAACACUCUGACGGGGCGAGGAGCCUCCUCGGUGUGACCGUUGUGACGGGUCUGUCCAGUGACACACACACACGCGCGCGUGCUCACACCGAGGGGGUGCGGCACUCGUGCCCUUUCCUGCUCCAGCAGCUUGAGGAGAAAGACCUGCAAUUCUCCGCAGCCCUUGGGAGAAAGUGCUUGGAGAAGAGGGAGAGCUCUUCCUACUGCAAGCUGUCCCCAUUGGGGUUUUAUACAUAUCUAUAUUAAAAAAUUAUAACUUACACCACUGCUUUGGGUGGAAUGUGCAGAAUAAUAGUAUGUACCUUUUAUGAAGAAAAUGUAAUUUACAACGUUCGGUGAGAAUGUUACUGCUGAUUUUCCUUCCCCAGAAAGUGUAGACUGUUUGUUUUUUGUUUCUGAUUUAUAAAAACUCAUUUUUGACCCUGAUGAUGGUUCUUUUACAGACCAAUAAAAAUGGCUGUAACAUUUUCACAAAUAAAAACAUUAAUAGAUCUGGA